AGGCCCCCUGCGCAUCGUGGCCCUAAUCAUCGUUAUGGGUCUCACCUGGAUCCUAGUCACCAUCCUCCUAGGUGGUCCUGGUGUUGGCCUUCCUCGAAUUCAGCAAUUCUUCACCAGCCCAGAGAACUCAGUGACUGCAGGCCCACCGAAGUGACCACAUCCUCUGGAAUGGAAGAUAGUGUCACCCUCUGGGCUUGGACCCUCUUUGGCCUCUUCAUUCCUAGCUCUGUAUUUAAAAUCAACCUCCCUCCCUCCUUCCCUUCCUUCCUCCCUCCCUCCCUCCUUUCCCCCUUACCUCACUUCCAUCUUUCUUCCUUCCUUUUGUUUUCAUUCCCUUGUUUUUUCUAUUCUUGUAUUCUCAUCUCAGUUCUUUUCAUAGACUGACAAUGUUUCUGUUGGUAUAAAUCUCAAGCAAACUUUGCUGGCCUCUCAUGCAGCUCAUGAGGGCCUAAGUUAUAAGACAAAAGAGCCCCUCACAGAUCUAUUCUGUAUAAUCCCAUCUGAGGUCCAGGCUUCUGAGAGGCAGGAGCGCACAUAAAAUCAUGGGCUUCCUUUCCUUAGCAAGUUCUUAGCCAGCCAUCAUCUCUGUGUUCCCUCUAAAGGAUACUUUUAAAAAGUUUUACAGUGCUGGAAAUGAAGCCCAGGACCUCACACAUACUGAACAAAUACUCUCUCUCCACAGAGCUAUUUUUCUGGUCCAUAAAAUGUUUCAGUUUUUUUAACAGAGUUUCACUCUAUAACACAAACUGACUUUGAACUUACUCUGUAGCUCUCAAGCUCUAUGUUCCUGCUGCCUUACCCUAUCAAAUUCUGGGAUUUGGACUGCUUUAUCAAUUUUUGCAAUAUAAUUAAGCCAACAUUUUCUUUCCUUCCCUUUCCUUUGUGAUAGGACUUAAUGAAUGCCAGGCUAUCAUUAAACUCACUAUAAAGCCAAGGGUAACCUUAAAUCCUGAUCUUCCUGCCUCCAUCCCCCAAGUGCUAGGAUUACAAGCCUAUGUCUGGCUAGCCUGAGAUUUUUCUAUAUCUUUAUAUUCAUUCUAUUUUCUUCAUGAUUAAUAUUUCUUUCCCCAACUGUUCUGUCUACUCUCAUUUUACCAUAAGCAGCAGCAAGGAAAAACCAGACCAUGCCUUUUACAGUAUGCUUGAGAAUCUCCUUUCCUAUAAAGCCCCAGAACAAUUGGCACUUUAUAACAAGGCUAACCUUUCCUCCCACACCCAAUAAUGGCUUCUUCAACUUCCUUCUAAGGUCUCACCAAAAGAUCUAUGAUAUUCAUGUUCCUAUCGAUACUUUGUUUAGGAUGAUGUAAAUGAAAGCUUCAACAGAAGACUCUCCAUUGUUCUUUCUUUCUUUUUGAGCUUGCACCAGAAUUGUGUUUACUAUCCAUGUUGCUAAAUUUGUUUUAAUAUAGAGCUUACUAUACAGGCCAGGAUAGCCUUGAAAUCAUGAUCCUUCUACAUCAUCCUUCCAAGUCCUGGGAUUACAGAUAUUCAGUACCAUACCUGGCUUCACUUUGUAUUCCUACCAGCAGGGUUUCGGGUUUUCUUUGUUUUUGUUUUUGUUUUUGUUUUUGUUUUUGUUUUAAGCAAUGCAGGGCUCUUUCUACUGCACAUCUCAAAACUCUGUAGCUUUUGUUCACUCUACCGAGUUCCAAAUCCAUUUUUACAUCCUUAGGUAUUUGUGGUAUUUGUUUAUAUAAACCCCCAAUUCCUGGCACCAAAACCUAUUAUUAGCUUCCUGAAGCUACUCUGAGAAGAGCAGAAUAAAGCAGGUUCUUUAAACAACCAAAAUUUAUCUUCUCAAUUUUUGGGACCAAGAGUAUGAAUGGAAGUGUCAACAGGGCUGUGCUCCCUCUGAAAGCUCCAGGUAAGGGUCUUUCUGUGCCCCUGCAGAUUCUAGAAGCCUUCUAUGUGCCUUAUCUUGCAACUGCUCCACUCUGCCUUUGCCUGUACUUUCUCACAACAUCUCCUGUAUGCUUUUGUCUCAUAAGGACACCAGUCACACUAUGUUAAGGGCUCAACAUGCUCCAGUAUGGCUUUAUCAUAACUUACCUAUCUGUAAGUUUCCCAGCCACAUUCUGAGGAACUGAGAGUUCCAACUCCAGUAUAAUUUGUAGGAUCAUAAUUUAAGCCAUUACAGAAGUCAUCUCCACCCUUACCCUGAAAAAAUACAGAGGCUAGUAGAGCCCCAUGCUGUGCUCAUCCACCUCAGCUCAUCUACUUUGGUCUGUGUUCCUCAUUCACAUAGCUCCUAUCCUGACUUUCUGGACCCUCUACUUUGUUCUGGUUAUACAAGGGUUCUAAGCCAGCUGUCUACCCCCUUUCCCUUUUCCUACCAAUAGCAGAAAAAUCUAAUUCUUGAAGUCCCUCCCUCCUUGCCAACACACCACUUGGAAGCAUCCCCAGCUUUGAUCUUAGCCCUCUACACCUCCUUCUCCAUUUCCAUGCUCUGUAGCCGUUCCUUCAGUUCUGUGCCUGGUCCUGACCUUUACCCUCAGAUCUUAGGUGACACCAGGGCCAGACAUAUGGGUCACAUCUGCUAUCAUUACUCAGAACCAAGGGCCAGGAAGUACAAGUGCGGCCUGCCCCAGCCGUGUCCUGAGGAGCACCUGGCCUUUCGCAUAGUCAGCGGGGCUGCCAAUGUCAUCGGGCCCAAGAUCUGCCUCGAGGACAAGAUGCUCAUGAGCAGCAUCAAGGACAAUGUGGGCCGUGGACUGAACAUCGCCCUGGUGAAUGGGGUCAGUGGUGAGCUCCUAGAAGCCAGAGCCUUUGACAUGUGGGCUGGAGAUGUCAAUGAUCUCUUGAAGUUCAUCCGGCCGUUGCAUGAAGGUACCUUGGUGUUUGUGGCAUCCUAUGAUGAUCCAGCUACCAAGAUGAAUGAAGAGACCAGGAAGCUUUUUUCUGAGCUGGGCAGCAGGAAUGCCAAGGAGCUAGCCUUCCGUGACAGCUGGGUGUUUGUGGGAGCCAAGGGUGUGCAGAACAAGAGCCCCUUUGAGCAGCAUAUGAAGAACAGUAAGCACACCAACAAGUAUGAGGGCUGGCCAGAGGCCCUGGAGAUGGAAGGCUGUAUUCCUCGAAGGAGCUAACACAGCAGAGCUCUGGGACCAGACUGAAGGAGGCAGCAUGGCACCAGUGUAGGGUGGAGCCCGUGCCCCAUGCCCAGGCAUGAGGCUCCCCCUUCCUAACACAUUAGGGCUUGAAAGUGGCCUCAAGGUGAUGGGGACUGCAGGGCUGGCCCGUUUCAUUUUGUCAGGAAGUUUAGGUACCUGUGUCUUUGUUUUCCUAAAGCUGAUCCCACAGUCAGUUACCAAUCAGCCCCUUCCUCUGCCCCUCCUGUUUCAUCUUCUGUUUCUUGAGUGCCCCCAGAGGCAAGGGUCUUCAGUGCUUGGUCCUCCUACUGGAACAUCCAUCCGGUAGGUUGGGACAUUUUCAAGAAACUCUCCAUCCCAGAGGCACUGCACUGCUAUCCAACCCUGUUUUCAAUGUGAUCUUUUAAUUAAGCCAAAUCAGAGCUUAAUCAGAUGACUUCUGCAAGCCUUAAUAGAGCAAUUUGACCUUUAGUGCCCAAGUAGCUGGAGUCCAAUCAGAGUCCCUCACAAGGUGUAUGACAGUAUGCAGUUUGUCAGAGGGUUCACCUUCUAAAUGACCUGUUUGUUAAUAAACUAAUCUUUUGAAGUGAAAUAAAGUAUAUUCAGAUGUCCUCAGUGGAAA